AUGACUCGUUUUCGGCCAUGUAUAGAUCUGCAUGCUGGUAGCGUCAAGCAAAUCGUCGGCGGCACACUCAACACCACAACGCCCGAUGUUCUCAAAACGAAUUGGACCUCGGACCACCCCUCCGCAUACUACGCCGACCUCUACAAGCAACAUGAGUUGGCAGGCGCACAUGUCAUAAUGCUCGGUCCAGGAAACGAACAAGCCGCAGAGGAAGCACUGAAGGCCUGGCCGGGUGGGAUGCAGGUAAUCAUAACAUCCUACCUCUUCCCCGACUCCAAGUUCUCCAAGCAACGACUCGAUGCGGUCCUCGCGGCGCUCGACAACGACAAAUCGAAACUUGUGAUUGACCUGAGUUGUCGGCGGAAAGACGAUAAAUGGUUCGUUGCGACCAACAAGUGGCAGACUAUUACAGAUUUUGAAUUGAACCAAGAAUCAAUAUCCCUCCUCGAACCCUACUGCGCCGAAUUCCUCAUCCACGCCGCAGACGUCGAAGGUCUCCAACGUGGCAUCGACCACGAACUCGUCUCCAGACUAGCUGAAUGGUGCAGUAUACCAGUCACCUACGCUGGUGGCGGUCGAUCGAUUGCAGACCUCGAGCUUGUGAAGGAGCUGAGCAAGGGAAAAGUCGACCUCACGAUAGGAAGUGCGUUGGAUAUCUUUGGUGGGCAGGGUGUCAAGUUUGAAGAUUGUGUCAAGUGGAACAAGGCGCAGGCGUGA